CUAGUACAGAAUGUGGAACACACCAAUACAAUCCAUUCCUACAAAUAUGAAACUGAAACCAAAAGAAAAGUCAAGAAGUAGUUCCCACAUAACCAAAACUGAAGCCACAAUACCAGUCAAUCGUGAAAUGAAAUCCAAUCAUCCCCCGCCGUCUUCCGCCGUUGACCACUCCUUUUUCCUACAUCGCAUCUCCCCAAUUUUAACGUCACGUGGACCACAAUCUCAUCUUCAUCUUGUAAAAUUAAAAUUGAUCUCUUCUAUAUAUUUAAUUAACCCACAAUUUUCAUAUCCCCAGAGAUCUCGUUCGAUAUCUGCAAACUAAUCCCAAUUCUCCAUAGAAUUUCAAGAAUCAGUGAAUCUUGACUGGCCACUCACCACUAUAAAACUAAUCUUCUUCUUUCCUUGUUCAAGAAAAUAAUGGUGGAUUCGUCAGGAAAAGGAGGUGAUCAUGUGGUUGAGCUAGCAGGGAAAGUAAUGGUGGUGGGAAUCAUCCUCCUCUUCUUCGUUGCAAUCUUUUUCGUCUGUCUCCAUCUCUACUUCAGAUGGUUCUAUCUCCACCGUCAGACCCCAAUCAGGCGGCGGCGGCGCCUCGAUUUCUCCGGCGGCCACGAAGAUGUAACAGUGAUUCCCAGCUCCCGCAUUGGCCUGGAAGCCUCUGUUCUGAAAUCGAUACCUGUGGUUGCAUUCGAUGCGAAGGAAUUUGAAGAUGGAUUGGAAUGUGCAGUGUGUCUGUGUGAAGUGUUGGAAGGUGAGAAGGCGAGGAUUCUGCCCAAAUGUAGGCAUGGGUUUCAUGUGGAAUGCAUUGAUAUGUGGUUCCAUUCUCAUGCUACUUGCCCUCUCUGUAGAAACUCUGUUUCCAAAUCAAGGUUGCAUGAUGAGGAUGAGGCUCCAAAUCUGCCCGCAAACGUGCUGUUUUUCGGUCCUUGUGUGGACGACGAGGAUCAGCCGUCCACGUCAGCCACGGCUAGCGGUGGGAAUGAGAUGGUGGUGAUUGAUGUUAAUGUUCCGCCACUCCACUGAAUAAAAACGGAUUUGAAUCACGUGUCAUGCUCAAAGCCACUGUAGGCACACCCUGCUGUGGCUUUCAUCGCAACAAGGGAUCCAAACCCAAACCCGAAGAAGAACUCAUCAAUGAGGAAAAGGGGCUGCUUGCAGGUUUUAAGUGAUCAAAAUGCAGGGUUAUUUAUUUCAUGCUCCAGAUUUAUUUAUUUUUUUGGCAAACUUAAUUUACAAACUACAUUAAGUUCUUGAGUUAGAAUUCCAUUAGCCUUGUGAAUUUUGUUUAGCUGUCACAAUCCAAGAACAAUUAUUGGUGA